AUUCUUGGAAUGUGGGCUACCAACCCUAGCCUCUUCUUCCCCUCCAAACCCUUCUCCCUCCGCUGCCGCGCCGCUGCCGGCGACCCUCCUCGGACCGCCGCAUUCCCUCGCCUGAUCCAGUUCCCCUUCGCCGCCUCCGACGUCGCCUCCGUCAGCGGCCGAAUCGGCUUCGACACCGAACUCGACGGCGGCGCGGCGAGACCUCGCGGCGGAAGCUCCGGCGGUGGUACUAAGGUGACGGCGAAGGAGCCCAAGUGGUCGCGGGAUAGAGAGAGUUACUUGGUGGACGAUGGAGACGCGCUGCCUCUCCCCAUGACUUAUCCAGAUACGGCUCCGGUGACGCCGGAGGUCGUUGACCAGAGGCUCCGGUGCGACCCUGUAGUUGAGGAUUGCAAGAUAGUAGUGUAUGAAUGGACAGGAAAGUGCAGGAGUUGCCAAGGCUCAGGAUAUGCUAGUUAUUAUAACAAAAGAGGGAAGCAAAAUGUAUGCAAAUGCAUACCUUGCCAAGGAAUCGGAUAUGUACAAAAGAUAACAACUCGAACCAACAUUGAUGUUAUGGAGGAUUUGGAUAACGGAAAACCACUUGAUUCAGAUAUGUCGAACAUGAGCUUCCUUGAUUUCCAGUACAACCUAUCAAAACGGAAGUUUCUGCGCACACCAACUCGAUUGUUUUCCUCCCGGGACAGACAAAACUCUGGCUUAACACCUGGUUUCGAGCCAAAUCUCAACGAGAUGAAGCGAGUCUUUGAGAAGUUUGACACCAACAAGGAUGGGAAGAUAUCUCAGCAGGACUACAGGGCCAUAUUGAGAGCACUUGGAAAGGGAAGCAUGGUUGGAGAAGUGCCAAAGAUUUUCAAGCUUGUUGAUUUGGACGGGGAUGGGUUUAUUAACUUCAAGGAGUUCAUGGAAGUGCACAAGAAGUCAGGUGGGGUGAAAACAAUAGACAUCCAGAAUGCUUUCCAAACAUUUGACCUGAAUGGGGAUGGAAAAAUAAGUGCAGAAGAAGUUAUGGAAGUGUUGAAGAGGCUGGGAGAGAGGUGCAGCCUCGAAGAAUGCCAGCGAAUGGUAAGAGCGGUAGACACCGAUGGGGAUGGUAUGGUCGACUUAGACGAGUUCAUGACCAUGAUGACUCGAUCCAUGAGACGAGUUUAGAAAUGUCCGAUGUGUGUCUGCAGUAGUGUUUAUGCUCCUGUAUGUAUAGCAGUCUGCUGUAUAAUGUGCUAUCUGUAGCUAAUGCUGAUGACAUAAUACGGCCUGAUGGCCUUUAUCUUUGUUUGUUUGAAAUAAUGCUUCUAAUCUCCUUUUUAUGC